GUGAGCACUGAACAAGUUUCUGAACCAUUCUCACACGAGCUUCCACAGCCAUGGCCGCUUCUCUUCAGCUACCCAUGGCUUCUUCCAUUCCGUCUUCGUCUUCGCCAUCCACAACGCGUCCAAUCUUCAAGACCCACUGCUCCAUGAAGCCCACGUGCUCCGCCAAAAUCCCAAUGUCUCCUAUCAACCCUAAGGACCCCUUUCUCUCCAAGCUCGCUUCGGUGGCUGCGACUUCCCCCGAGAGGCUUCUUCAGCGCCCUUCGGGUUCCGAUUCUCUUCCCUUUCUUGACCUCUUCGACUCUCCCAAGCUGAUGGCCACUCCCGCCCAGGUGGAAAGAUCUGUCUCGUACAAUGAGCACAGGCCAAGGAGGCCUCCACCGGACUUGCCUUCCCUGCUUCUCCAUGGGAGAAUAGUUUACAUUGGCAUGCCAUUGGUGCCAGCUGUCACAGAGCUUGUCAUUGCAGAAUUAAUGUACCUGCAGUGGAUGGAUCCCAAAGAACCAGUAUAUGUUUAUAUUAAUUGUACUGGAACCACUCGUGAUGAUGGUGAAAGGGUUGGGAUGGAGACUGAGGGUUUUGCUAUCUAUGAUGCAAUGAUGCAGUUAAAAAAUGAGAUACAUACAGUUGCCGUUGGAGCUGCUAUAGGCCAGGCUUGUCUUCUGCUCGCUGCAGGAACCAAGGGUAAACGGUUUAUGAUGCCGCAUGCCAAAGCCAUGAUUCAACAACCUCGUGUUCCAUCAUCUGGAUUAAUGCCAGCUAGUGAUGUGCUUAUUCGUGCAAAAGAGGUCAUAACAAACAGGGACACACUUGUGAAACUCCUGGCUAAGCACACUGGAAAUUCGGAAGAGACUGUAUCUACUGUGAUGAGAAGACCAUAUUAUAUGGAUUCUACAAAAGCCAAAGAGUUUGGUGUCAUUGACAAGAUUCUUUGGCGCGGUCAAGAAAAGAUAAUGGCAGAUGUUCUUUCACCUGAGGAAUGGGACAAGAAUGCCGGCAUUCAAGUUGUUGAUGGUAUAUAAGUUUCCAAGUAAGUGCUUAUUUUGUCACAAUUAAGUAAAUUUGCCAUCUCCUUGUCUUGCCAAUUGCCUCAUGGCCCAGUAGAGCCUUAUGUGGAAAGGGUACCAGAUGGCUCACAAACACCAGACAUCCUUUUUGAGAGAGGGUUGUUAUGUUGUCACAUGAAAGUUCGUUGUCAAGUGGACUUCAAUUAUGGCUCUGGCAAAUCUUAGAGGAAUUGUCAUAUUUCUCACUGGGAAACCUAAAAGGCUAAUCAACCCUGCUAAUUUUUCCUGUAAAUAGUCAUCUAGGCCAGAAGAUUGUCAUAUUUCUCGCUGGGGAACCUAAAAGGCUAAUUGGCCAUGCUAAUUUUUCCUGUAGAUAGUCAUCUGGGGAAAGCUGAAUAUGACAGUCAUUUUUUCCUAUUCUAUGACAGAGGGUCGAAGUUCAGUCAUUUGAAGAGCAACAGGAUAUCCUACAGAGAGUUAGAACAUGCAGGAGCAAGAAAGGUACCUGUCAUAAUUGAGGAUUCUCAGUGUACCUUACAGCUUGAAUUCAUUGAAGAUUGGCAAUCUUCUUUUCACAAACAAUAUAAUGUAGGGAUGCAGAAACAGGUCAUGUGGUUAUUGGAAUUGAAUUUUGUUCAGAAAGCCCUGUUAUAGAAAACUGGAGUGUAGAAGGAACACUCUUAAUUGGUAUAAUGGAUUUCAUGUUUCACAUCA